AACCAACAAACUGUCAGACCAAUAAGAGAAGUCUCAAAGUGAGGCAUCGGAGGAGAGAUCGAAGAUUAACGCUUUGAAACUGAAAGGAAGUGAGAGAGACUAGAGAGAGAAGGAGACGAAAACUAGUAGCAGAGACGCUGUCGUUCUCUCUCUCUCUCUCUCUCUGCGUGCUUGUGACUGUGCGUGUGAGAGUUCAAAACAGCCAGACAAUCCAACCCGUUUCUCUAUCUGAGACGCCCCCAUUUGAUCGGAGCCCCUCAUUCUCUGUGCCAAAUUACUGUGUAGUUGGCUCCCGUCCCGUUUGGUCUGGUCCGUACAAUGGAACGGUACGGCCGGGCUAGCGGCGAGUCGCAGUCCGAUCCAUCGCUGGAAUGGACUGGAACCGGAGGCGAAACGGGUCUUGAAGAAUCUGUGAGGCAAUUGGGAUUGGUUGGUGGGGAAUCGUAUCCACAACGGCCCGAUGAGGCUGAUUGUAACUACUAUUUGAAGACAGGGUUUUGUGGGUAUGGCUCGCGGUGUCGGUUCAAUCAUCCCCCUGACCGUGGCCCGGUUUUUGGAGCUUCGAGGACUGGCAUGGAGUAUCCAGAGCGAGUAGGCCAGCCUGUAUGUCAGUAUUAUAUGAGGACAGGAUCUUGCAAAUUCGGUGCUUCAUGUAAGUACCACCAUCCUAGGCAGGGAGGAGGCGUUGCUCUUGUAUCACUUAAUUGUUAUGGAUACCCAUUUCGACCGGAUGAGAAAGAGUGUUCGUAUUAUGUGAAAACAGGACAAUGCAAGUUUGGUGCAACUUGUAAAUUCCAUCAUCCACAGCCUGCUGGUGUUCAAGUUCCUGCACCUCUAUCAGUUCCCCAAGUCUCUUCUCUACCUGUCCGAGUACCUUCAUCGUUCUAUCCAACUGUGCAGCCUCCAUCUGGUCCUUCAUCACAACAAUAUGGUGUAAUGGUUGCAAGACCACCUCUACUACCAGGGUCAUUAGUCCAAAGUCCUUAUGGGCCUGUGGUAAUGUCCCAUGUCCCUUUUUCAGGUUGGAAUCCUUAUCAGGCUCCUACAAGCCCUGCAAUUCCAUCUAGUACUCCAUCAAAUGUUGGUUCAACACACCUUUAUGGGAAUACUCAGCUACCUUCAUCAGCACCUGCCUAUACUUCACCUUAUCAACCUGCAGGUUCCGCAUUUGGUCCCUCAAACACUAGUCAGAGAGAACAACAUUCAUUACCAGAAAGACCAGGUCAGCCAGAAUGUCAGCAUUACAUGAGAACGGGAGAGUGUAGAUUUGGUCCUUCCUGUAGGUAUCAUCAUCCACCUGAAUUGGUUGUACCAAAUGUCAAUGUGGUCCUUAGUCCUGAGGGUCUUCCUCUGCGCCCGGGUGCACCGCCUUGCACUCACUAUGUGCAGCGAGGAGUAUGCAAGUUUGGUCCUGCAUGCAGGUUUGAUCAUUCUAUGGGAACAUUGACUUACAGUCCAUCUGCUUCUUCUCUUGUUAAUAUGCCAGUUGUAUCCAUUCCUGUGGGUUCUUCCAUCAGUACUCGUCCUCCAUCGUCCUCAUCAUCAGAGUUGCAGCCUGAACGUAACCCUGGUUCUAGCCGGGAGCCUGGAUCAUUCAGAAUUUCUUCUUCAAUGAGCACAGCCACUGGAUCAGUUGGCUUGGCUUUGUCAACUAGUGGAAACGUUUCUGAAUCAAGUGCUCAAACAUCCGCCCAAAGUUCUGUUCCGGUAGCAACUACGACUAUCACAACAACCAGCACUGUCUCUCAUGCCCCAAGCUAAGCAAUGUGAAUGCAUACCUCCUUUUUAUUCCUUUUUAUCUCAAUUCUUAAAGGAGACAUCGUCCUUCUAGGGACUCCUCAAACAGGUUUUGUUUUUCAGUUAUCCCUGUUCCCCAGGUCUAGAACACAUUAGUGCCUAUUAUCUUUGGGUUGAUAAUCUCAGUCUUUUCAUGGCCAUCCAAUUGAUCUUGAAUAAACCGUGGCCAACCUUGAGAAACUGCAUCCAUAUCUCCAGUUUCUGGAGUUUUUUGCAUCCACAUCUCCAGUUUCUGGAGUUUUUUGAGCUUAUUUAUGCUUCAGUUUUCUUUGUCAUGAGAGAAUUCUGCUCACACUCUCAUUGAUCAUGUGUUUAUGUUUCUUCCCCUCAACCCUUCCUUCGAAACACCAAAUCUUUUUCACUUUGAGAACUUUUCUUUCCGAAUUUUUCUUGGAAGUGGAAGAAGGUUCUGUUGAGUAUUGUUCCCAUAUUUUUGUCUUCGUUUUGGGUGAAGAAAUUAUGAUCAGGACUCAGGAGACAGCAAUGAGAUGAGGCCUCACGUUGCUAUUUUAUGCAGGUGCACAGUGAUGUGAUGUAGAGUGAAAUGCUUUAUUUGGGAUUUAAAUUAUUUCAAAGUGCAAAUAUAAGGGAAAGUAAGAAACGCACUUGAACUGACACGUUUGAAUCUAAUAAAUUUUGCUCUCCCCUUGUUAUCA